CCCGGCCGCCAGGGGGCCACAGCGUCUACACUUCUUAACGCGCCGCUUCUUCUCUCCAUCACAACAUCUCAGCUCUAAUGUCACCAGAAGCAUGUCUGGCUCAAGGUUACCUGCUGUCACAUUGACUCUAAAACAGUUCCUCCAGAGGCAGCGGGUCCUGGGUCUGUACCGGAGCCUGCUGAGGACCAUCCGGGAGGUCCCGGACCCGGCGGACCGGAGCUACCUACGGUCCUGGGCCCGGGACGAGUUCCAGAGGAACAAGACCGCCACCAACCCGGACGCCAUCCGGAUGAUGGUCAUGCAGGCCAGCGACCACCUGGGAGAGCUCCAGACCUCUCUGGCGCUAGCCAGGAGCUAGCAGGCCGCCGCGAGCCGCUAACAUCCUGUUGGCUUCAGGUCCAGAUCACCGGGGGGGGGGGGUCUGGUGAUGGGGACCCCAGGUGAUGUUGUGGCUUUACUGGGCCUGCUGGACACAAACUUGAUGGGAGAACUGGGACAUGACAUCCAUGGGGGGGGGAAUCAUUCAGAGUGAGAAUGGAGGAAGAGACGGACCAGAGAAACUCUUGAGGAGCUAAUGGCAGCCAAACAGAACACGAUGAACCAGACAGUCUUCUCCUCCAGAUGAAGACCGGCCCACCAGAUCUCCAAGGGGGUUCGGAGCUUCUUUUUGUGAAAGUGAAACUAAGUUUUCCCAUCUGUCCGGGGGACCCCCCCAGGGAGCACUUAGGGGGCCGGUUUGGGUCCCAGGUCCACAGUUUGGAACCGGUGGGAUUAUUCAGAUCUCUGAAGAGGAGCUCCAGGAGAACUGGGCUGAACCGUGAGCCGUCCGACUGAAUCAGAUCUGUGACUUCAGCCUUGACUUCUGAAUGUUUGAUGUUGAUAAAAAAGAAACCAGAAAGGCAGGACUGUUGAGUUCAUUUUCUCACAAAGUACACAGACUGAAUUCACACACAUUAUGUACAGCAGAGUAUUGAUAGAAACAACAGUUAAGGAUACGCAGAAAUUUACAAGAAUGGAGAUACACAUUUAAUGGGCUCUUCUUUUGGACUUCUGAUUCUCUGGUGUUAGGAGGAGUUUGGAGUUGGUCUUGGAAUGUGUGCGUGUGUGAGAGACUUCUUCGUAAUUUAAUUAUAAGGCAAAGAAGUGUAAAGAGAAAGAGAAUUGGUCACCGUUAAGUUAAUUACAGGCGGACAUUCCUUGCAGUUUAGUUUUUUUAUCAUCGUCGUACAUCUUACUGUUGGAGAGACAGUGGAGGAAAGCGUUUCCCAGGCUUCUCUCUUUUCAUGGUGUAGUCAACAUCACUGACGGGUUAAUCUUACUUUCUUAAACCACUACUAACCACUGUGUAAACAUGUUAUCACGCUUUCAUUAUCGGCAAUGUGUUAAUGUAUGAUCAAAUAAAACUUAAUUUAAAUCCUCA